AUUCUUGUUUGUUGUUAUUCAUGUUGUAGGACUGACGGAGAAAUUCACCUUUGCUCUUCUACUCGAAUUAUUUUUCCUAUCACCGUCGCAAUACUCGGCUGAUUAACAGUUCCAAUUGAGAGGCUUAAUCAGGUAUACACAAAAUGUUUUCGUCUCUCGCCAUCAGGCAAUUAAAAAUAUCUCCAGCGUCUUUGCUGAAGCAAUCCAAGGUGUUUUCUUCGACAAUGGAGGGUUUUGAAACCUUGAGCAUUACUGUUCCCAAACCAUUUGUUUACCAAGUCAAACUGAACAGACCAAAAAAUCUUAACACGAUGAACCGAAAAAUGUGGUUUGAAAUUGGAAAAUGUUUUGACACCCUUGCCUCGAAGGACGAUUGCAGGAGUAUUGUUCUUUCGGCUGCUGGAAAAGUGUUCAGUGCAGGAAUUGACCUAAAAGACAUGGUAGAGCUUGGUGGAUUGCUUGCUGAGCACGAUGACAUUGCCCGCAAGUGCAAAGUCAUCGAGGAUUGGCUCAACGGCUACCAGAACGACAUCUCAGCUGUGGAAAGGUGUCCGAAACCUGUGAUUGGCGCCGUCCACAAUGCCUGCAUUGGCGGAGCCCUCGACUUGCUGACGGCCACUGACGUCAGAUUGUGCUCUUCAGACGCCUGGUUCCAGGUCAAGGAGGUUGACAUUGGCAUGGCUGCUGACGUCGGCACCCUCCAGAGACUGCCCAGGAUCAUCGGCAACCAAAGUCUGGUCAACGAAAUCUGCUUAACCUCCAGAAAGGUGGAAUCACAAGAGGCCAAAGACUGUGGGCUCGUCAGCAAAGUUUACGACACUAAAGAAAAUUUGUUGGCUGGAGCAAUCGAAUUGGCAGAAACGAUUGCUAGCAAAAGUCCAGUGGCUGUCCAGCUCACCAAGAGAUCGCUGGUUCACGCCAGAAACCACAGCACGCAGGAGGGACUCGACUUCAUUCGAUAUUGGAACAUGACGAUGCUUCAGAGUGAAGAUUUUAUAAAUGCUGCUAUGGCUCAGGCUACCAAGAGCCCACCGCCUACUUUUGCCAAACUUUGAACAAAUAGAAUUUUAUUUGUUAAAUAAGGUAAUGGACUUGUUUUGUUGAUAUUUUUAUGGAGUAUUUAAUUUAAAAAAAAAAUAAUAAUAAAUGCCUCUAAUUUUUGCAACUUA